CAAAUGCACCCUGCUCCUGGUGCACCACAAAAUUGCUUGUUCAGUAUGUUUAGUAACAAAGUGGACGAUGCUAUCGUCAGCAAUCUGGAAACCGUCUUACGAGAGGAGUAUGGUUUCUCGGGUAGUCUUGCAAACAUAAAGUUCAGCAACAAGACAGAGAAAGCGUUCCCUCAGCUGAUUGAAGCACUAACACAACAUGCUGCACUAACAGAAAAUGCUGCACUAACAGAACAUGCCAGCUCUGCUCUGGACAUCUCACUGGGUCCCUCGGACGAGGACUGUACCCCGCGGAUUGGGGACUCAGCCUACGUGUACUGGUGUGGGUACGGGUGGUUCACAGCCACCAUAAAGACCUGGUUACCUGACGAGUUGAGCUACAUGAUCAAGUGGACUGACGGAGACUGGGCAGCUGAGAGAGCCAUCUACACUAACUUGUGUGUGGAUAGGGUGCCUGAUCCGGCCACUAUUGGGGUGGGAACCAAGGUGCUCUUCAAACAAGGUCUCUUCUACUGUGGGUAUAAUGAUGAUGGUUCUGUUUGUGAUAGCACGGGAAGGACCCUGACUGAGGAGAAGAAGCAGGAGAUAGCAGGUCUCGGUCAGAUCUCAGACCGGUGGCACAUGGGCCGGAUAACAAGUGUGACUGAGAACGACCAGGGUAAAACAGUGUACAACGGUGCCCACGUUGAGAGUGGAGAUGCUCAACUCUCCAACCCUGACUAUGUAGGAUACAGCGCCUCCUUCCAGGGACUGAGACUCAGUCAGUUGAGAACCCUACCUAAUGUGUUCAACUGUAUAGACUCCACUCCCUCGGAGCCUAUCAGUGCUAAUACAGAUAGUGGAGGGAGUAACACUGUGUUAUGUGACGUGUUUGUGUCUAAAGUGGCGUCUGAUGACUCGCCAGUUCAGCGUAUAACAAGGAAAAUCCAGAACAAGUUUAGAGUCUCGGAGUCUUGCGGAGGGACCUCCUCAGAUGUGAUCCAGCGAACAGUACAGCAGAUCAAAAGCUGCUCGGUCUACUUAGUGUGCCUCAGUGAUAGCUUCAUAGAGGACACCCAGGCCAUGUCUGAGCUGCUGUACGCUAAGAAGACCCUGGGUAAAACAGUGAUCCCAGUGGUUAUAGGGAGGAGUGGUAAGUGGAUGCAUACCACAGCUGGUAUGUUGCUGGCAGGACAGCUGUAUAUACAGUUUGGUAGUGAUGAUGUGUAUGAUGAGAAGAUGGGUGAGCUGCAGAGUAACCUGGAGAAGCUUGUUAUAUCUGAUUUUGGUGGAGCAGAUUCGGUGACCCCGGAUAUAAAGUCAGGUCCUCCACCCAGAGUGUUCCUAUCUUACUGUUGGAGCAACUCAAAGUCUUCAUUUGAAGCGGGACAACUGAAAAGUUAUGUGGGCCAUGAGUUCUCUGAUCCUAGGAAAAUAAAAGCAGAUAUAGAAGAAAGGAUCGGAGAAAGAGUUUGGCUGGAUAUCGAGCAGCUUAACAGUGUGAAUGACUCUGGAAUGUUCGGCCAGAUCGCUGAAGGACUGAAGGAUUCCACCAUUGUAGUGAUGUGUGUUUCAAAGGAAUAUACUCGUAGUCAGAACUGCCAGAUGGAAGCGAGCUUUGCUUUGAGAUCGUUGCACAAGGAAGCUAUAGUGCUUGAAGUGGGGAGUGGUGAGCAAGCGGAUAGGACUGCUUGGGUAGGUAGCAGUGUCGGGAUGGUCCUGCCGACCGAGCAAGAACCGUACAUUCUAACUGCCGAUCAAAUCAAUAGUCAGGAUAGCUACAACGAGAUUAUCGACCAGAUCUGCGGCAAAUUAAAGGAGGGAGCACUCUCUGAACCUCUUGAAGGUAAAGCAAAGACACGUGAAAGUAAAGCAGAAACCAGGUUCACAGAGAGUGAAAGCUUACUUCGUGCUUCUGUCCCUAUGGUUGGAGACUCUGUUAUCGCCCACUACGCUGCUUGGCAGUUCUUCCCUGCUAAAGUAGCCAGUUUCAACAAGGCUGUCAUGAUGUAUACCGUGGACUGGGAGGAUCCAGAUCCAAGCUGCAGAGUUCAGACUUACACUUUAGUAGCAAUGAAUACCAUGGCAACAGAUGAUCUUAUAGGGAUAGGAUCCAGUAUCUUGUUUAAACAAGGGGUGUACCAGCACGGUGGGUCUACUGGAGAUAUCUGGAACCUGGGUGAGAUAACUGAGGUUGUGGUGGAGGAUGGUGUGAGGUAUUACUCAGGUAAACACUCUAAAACAGCUGAGGAUGGGCUUGCUGUGGCCACUUGGCCGAGCUUUAGACCUACCUUCGAGCGAGCUGAGAGUCAUGAUUUGAGACUGUUCCCUAAUGCUAUGGAAAUGUUACAGGCUUACAAAAACCUUUAGUUUGUUGAGACGAACAGUAAUAUUUGUAGUUUUAAAUACAAUCAGAUAACUGGUACAGUGUGUACUUGAACUUGUUCCAAAUGUUUAAUCUUGCUUAGAAACUGUAAAUUGUAACCAGUAUUUAAGCAAGAAAGAUUUCCAUUCGAUUAAAUUACAACGAAUAUGUUUAGAAUUAUGUGCCAAAAGUUAUUCAUUAAACUAUUUAGACUUUUGUACAGGUAAAGAUAAGUUAGAAACUGCUAUGCUCAAUAUUUGAUGCUGUUUCUAUUAUAUGCUUUUUAUAAGUAUGUACAAGUAGUUACGUUAAUAGUUGGCAACACUUAUUUGUUAAAUGACAAUGAAUCAAACCAAAUUUGUGAGAUUAAGUGUUAAUAACACAUUAAGUGUAUGAUAACUUAGGACAAUUUGUUGAGCCGUACUGCGUUUGAGGAAAUUUAACAAAGAAUAUAACAUACAUACCAGCAAAAUGUAGUAGUGAAUUUGCUAAUCAACCUGGAAAUUAAUAAUAAUCUCCGGGAACCGGUCACUGCGGCGGAAGUCACUGCGGCGGUGGACGGUACAGCGGAGGACGGUACAGCGGAGGACGGUACGGCGGUAGUUUUCAAAAAGGUUGGACGGUACGGCGGAUCACCUGACACCCACUUUACUUUGGACAGUACGGCGGUACUACUACUAGAAACUGUACCUAAGACAGAACUUACACAUUCAACUUGUUUCUAAGUUUUGUUCUAGAUUCGCAUUAUAAGUUUUAUUUUUUCUUUUCUCUUUAUCAUUUUGUAUAAUUCUUGUUAGUUUAGUUGUUCAUUUUUUUUAUUCAGGGCUUUGCAGACAAUGUAAAUCGAGAAUAUUGAGUUGUUGAAAAUCAAAAAGUUAAUAUAACUUGACACACUCAAUAGCAAUAAUAUCUAAAUCCCACAAAUCAUUAUCAAGAAGUUACAGCAAUCAAUAAUUCA